AUGAAUGACAACGAAGCCAUCACCAGUCCUGGAGUGACAGGGGUGGCUUUGUUUGACACCCCGAGCAUCUCCAGUCGGCUUGUGGAGGCUGUCCAGGACCCGAGGAGGCUCUACACAGUGUUUACUAUUGGAUCGGGCAUAAUCCAGAAGAUUGUGGACAGUCACAAAGUGAAAAACGUGGCCUGCUACGGGUUACGGCUCAGUCACCUGCAGUCUGAGGAGGUUCACUGGCUACACCUGGACAUGGGGGUGUCCAACGUGAGAGAGAAAUUUGAAUUGGCCCACCCUCCGGAAGAAUGGAAAUAUGAAUUGAGAAUUCGAUACUUGCCAAAAGGAUUUCUAAACCAGUUCACCGAGGACAAACCCACUCUAAAUUUUUUCUAUCAGCAG